CUUGUCUCUCUUUCCCUUUCCUCUCUGCAAAACAAACGGCGCAACCACCCGAAUCGCUUCCGUUCCUCUCAAGACUUCUCUUUUACGGGGAUUUCAACGAUUUUUGUUUCUCGGGUUGAAUGAAUUUGACAUAUAGACAGGGAGACAAAGGCAAAGACAUUGAGAGAGAGAGAGAAAGAUGAAGCUACAUUAUUACGUUACACUGCCAUUCCAUUGGUGGGUUUCUUUUUUCCAUUUUUUCUUCUUCGCUGCGGUUUUGAACGAGGGAUGCGGGGCGGCUGAUAAUCUGUGACUGUGAGCGAGGUGCCCUGUUCAUUCUCGUAGUGAUUUUCCAUCACACUGUGGCGCGGCUUCCCCCGUAUUUCCAAAAGGGAAAGUUUUCGUCUUUUCAUUCAAGUUUCCUUCUUGGGAUUUGCUGCUUCUGGCUUGGGGGGGCUGUAUUUGUACCCAAAAGCCCACUCUUUUCUUGUACGUUUGUCUGUUAUAUAUCCCCGAGAGAGAGAGAGAGAGAGGCUGUCAUCAAUGGAGGGACUGUAUCGGGUCCUUCUAUAUAUAUGUGAACGGACAUCAGCUUUAAUGGAGAAGGAUCUGAAGCUGGGCACCCCUACAAACCCCAUCUCAGGCUUGUGAAAAAAAUCCAAAAUUUUCCGCAUCACAGUUUACCCAAGUAGAAGGAGGAGGAGGAGGAGGAGGAGGAGGAGGAUUCAGACGCGGACAGUUCUUCAUAUAUUCCCGUCGAGUUCUAUCUUGUGGGCGGUUUUAGGUGGGUUUAUUUGAUCAACUCCUCUGCGUUCCCCAGUUAGAUUUUUGUAUUUCUGUGUCAGGGGAGGGUUGCAUUGUGGCAUUAUUUUAGUCCUAAGAAAUUUCUUAAUCCACUGUGUGUUUUGUCUUUCUUAAUAUAUUUUUAGUCAAAGUUAUCUCUUUUGGGAGAUACAAUGUAUCUAAGCUUAGCCUUGAUAGAUUCACAUCCUUAAACUAUUCUUUGUAAAAGGGGAAGGAAUUUCUCUAUGUGCUGCAGAUUAGAUUUUGGUGAACUCUUUCCCUCCUUCGUCAUAUGGGUUACUGCAACUUAAGCCUAAUGGGGUCUGGUUGCCAGGCCAGGGAGCUUCUUUGUAAAAGAUCACUGCUGAAUCUUGGGAUGGACUGAAUUAAAUCACCCGAGUCCUCUGCUUCGAGGGCAAUGUCGAAAGGAGUUGUAGCUAUCGGGGUCUGGAUUGCCCUGUUGCUCGGUAGUUCUGUAUCGGAGGCGGCUGAUAGCGGCUUUCCAAGGUGUAACUGUGAUGAUGAGGGGAGCCUGUGGAGCAUUGAGAGCAUCCUGGAGUGCCAGAGAGUGAGUGAUUUCUUGAUCGCGGUGGCCUACUUCUCCAUCCCGAUUGAGCUCCUGUACUUCGUGAGCUGCUCCAAUGUCCCCUUCAAGUGGGUCCUCUUCGAGUUCAUUGCCUUCAUCGUGCUCUGUGGGAUGACUCAUCUGCUGAAUGGCUGGACCUACGUCCACCACCCGUUCCAGCUCAUGCUCGCGCUCACGGUAUUCAAGAUCCUCACCGCGCUCGUGUCUUGCGCCACCGCAAUAACUCUGAUAACCCUGAUCCCUCUGCUUCUGAAAGUGAAGGUGAGGGAAUUUAUGUUGAAGAAGAAGGCGUGGGAUCUCGGGAGAGAGGUGGGGAUCAUAAUGAAACAGAGAGAGGCUGGGUUGCACGUGAGGAUGCUCACGCAGGAGAUCCGGAAGUCCCUCGAUCGACACACGAUCUUGUACACGACUCUGGUCGAGCUGUCCAAGACUUUGGGGCUGCAGAACUGCGCAGUUUGGAUGCCCAAUGAGGGCAGGACCGAGAUGAACCUGACUCAUGAGCUGCGAGGGAGGAACUAUGCUGGCUCAUAUUGCUUCACGAUACCAAUCACUGAUCCCGACAUUGUGAGGAUAAAAAUGAGUGAUGACGUGAUUCUUCUGAAUCCUGAGUCUGCGCUCAUCUCCGGCAGCACUGGAGAAGAGUUGAGGGAGGCAGGUCCUGUGGCUGCUAUCAGAGUGCCGAUGCUGAGGGUGUCCAACUUCAAGGGUGGGACCCCUGAGCUCAUCCAGACGUGUUAUGCGAUAUUAGUAUUGGUUCUUCCCUCGGGACAGCCUCGAUCCUGGACCAAUCAGGAGCUGGAGAUUGUCAAGGUGGCAGUGGCGAUCUCCCAUGCUGCAGUCCUUGAGGAGUCACAGCUUAUGAGGGAAAAGCUUGAGGAGCAGAACCGGGCUCUGCAGCAGGCGAAGAGGGAUGCAAUGAUGGCGAGUCAGGCAAGGAGCUCAUUUCAGAAGGUGAUGAAUGAUGGGCUGAGGAGGCCAAUGCACACUAUUUCGGGGCUGUUGUCACUGUUGCGCGAGGAUGGGACUCUGAGCCACGAGCAGAGGACCAUACUUGAUGCAAUGUCGAGGACUGGGAAUGUCCUCUCCACACUGAUUAAUGACGCCAUGGACAUCCGGGGAAAGGAGCAAAAUAGGUUCCCUCUGGAUGUAAAGCCGUUCCGCCUGCAUGCUAUGAUAAGGGAAGCGGCCUCACUUUCGAAAUGUCUGUGCAUAUACAAGGGCUUUGGCUUCUUAAUUGAGGUUGAUAGAUCCCUGCCCGACCUUGUGAUGGGAGACGAGAGGCGGAUCUUUCAGGUCAUCCUGCACAUGGUAGGAAAUUUACUGACAGACAGUAAUCAAGGAGGGUUACUUACACUGCGUAUCUUCUCGGAGAGCGGGACUAAAGGGGUAGGAGGAGGGGGUGCCGGUGAUCAUCAUCUCUGGUGGGCUACCUGGAGAUCGAGCUCAGCGGAAGGUGAUGUUUACAUCAGGUUUGAAGUUGGGGUUAGCAAUAACAUCUCUCCGAAGGAGGGCUCAGUCUCGAGGGUGCAGCUUGGAGGUAGGAGGUACAACAGCGACGGGGUUGAGGAGGGAUUGAGCUUCAGCAUCUGCAAAAGGCUGGUGCAGUUGAUGCAAGGCAACAUCUGGGUGGUCCCGAACCCACAGGGAUUUGCCCAGAGUAUGACCCUUCUCCUCCGGCUUCACAUCUGGCAGUCAUCGACCUUCGAACCUCGUGACUCCUCAUCAGAAUAUAAUACAAGCUCCAACUCCCACCUCAGAGGCAUUAAAAUGUUGUUAGCCGAGACCGAUGACACCAACAGGGUGGUCACAGCAAAGUUGCUCGAAAAGCUUGGAUGCCGCGUCUCCACUGUGAGCGGUUCGGGCAUCGAGUGCCUCAAUGCAAUAAGGGCAGGUGGCAGUGGUAGUGGUUCCCAGUUUGAGGUUGUCAUCUUGGAUCUCCACAUGUCGGAGAUGGAUGGGUUUGAGGUGGCAGCUGGAAUAAGGAAGUUCAGGAGCCGGAACUGGCCGGUGAUAGUUGCCUUGACAACAAGCGGGGAGGAGGAUGUGUGGGAGAGGUGCUCGCAAGUCGGGAUCAAAGGGGUUAUCAGAAAGCCCGCCAGCUUGCAAGGGAUUUCGACUGAGCUCCAAAGAGUCCUGCAGGGAAGUAACAGAGGCCUACGAUGAUGUGGGCUUGUCGUAGAGGCGACCGAAUGCCGACUGCCUUAGUCUCAAUCAAAGAAGUUAUACACAAAGAACGAACUUGCCAAAUUGUAUACCCCAAAAAAGGAAAUAUUUUCUUGUUAGUUAGCUGCAAAAUCAAUGCUUAGCCAUGCAAUUUGCCAAUUUCGUUCACUCUUUAGCGCGUAGGAGAAAAUAGCAAUCUUGGUUGUUAAUACA